CACUUUAAUAUAUGUCGACGCAGGACUUUGGUCAUUAGUCAACAACAAAGAAAAAAGUUUUGCAAAUUUUUACAAUUUUCUUAAAUAUUUAUUACAAAAAUGAGUAUAUUGGAAAAUAUUAAAUAUUGGUUCACAUCGGAAACGGCCCGUAACAAAAAUUCUUCUUUAAUUGCGGGUUUAUUGUUCUUUGCAGGAUGGUGGACAUUAAUCGAUGCUAUGUCUGUCGAUGAAAAACAUCAAAUAACUACGGGCCAAGUUUUUAUUGGUGUCUUUGGUACGCUAAGUUUCUUUAUGGUUAAUACUGUAAAGAAUUCGCAUAUAUCAGAGGAUAACACUUCGGAAUCUGGUGCCAGAAUUGCUAAAAUUUGGCUUUUAAUAGGUUUCGUUAUGGGAUUUGCAUCCAUUAUUGCUGCAGUUUGGGUAAUGAUUGAUGACUUCAUCAACAAUCCUAAGAAAGACUCCAGCUUAGGUGUGGCUUUACUUAUGCAAAAUUUUCUAAUAUUAUUUGCCAGUCUUACCUAUAAAUUUGGACGUGAUGAGGAAGUCUGGGCUGAGUAAAUAGUAACAAAAAUGCAUAAAUUAUUUUAUCUAUCGAAAUUAUAUCUUUAAAUAAUAUAACAUAACCAAUCAACAUUUUGCAAAAAUUCUAUCUAAACUAAAUAAUUGUGCAUCUAUUUCAAUAUUACUAAGUUGCAUAGAAUUUUUUAAUUAAAUAACAAUAAAACUAAUAAUCAUGUAAUCUCACUAUUGUAAUUGGCAAUGUCCUGGUAGUAUUAACAAAAUAAGCUCUAUGUGUAUAACUUAAGGAAAAACCUAAAGAAAAGAAAAAAUUUGAAUAAAAGUCAUAAUGGAAUUUAAGACAAUUUGUGCUAAUACAAAUUUUAAAUAAUAAAAGUUUAAUUGUAUUAGAGCGCAAUAUAUAAUUAUGUCGAUUAA